UGCCCAGCAAGCCGGGAGCAUGGGACAGAUUGCGUGGAAGGCACUGUGGUCGUCGCUGUUCGAUUAUAAGACCGAAAAAUAUGUCAUCGCUAAGAACAAGAAAGUGGGGGUCCUGUACCGUGUGGUCCAGCUGUCCAUCCUGGCGUACAUUGUGGGGUGGGUGUUCAUGGUCAAGAAAGGGUACCAAGACGUGGACACGUCCAUCCAGAGUUCUGUCAUCACCAAGCUGAAAGGCGUUGCCUUCACCAACACCUCGGAGCUGGGAGAGCGGAUAUGGGAUGUCGUAGACUAUGUCAUCCCCCCUCAGGGCGAGAGCGUCUUCUUCGUGAUGACCAACCUGAUCGUCACCCCAAACCAACAGCAGGGCACCUGCCCUGAGAAUCCUGGUAUUCCACAUGCGCAGUGUUACCGCAACAGCGACUGUCCUUCUGGGGAAGAAGUGGCCACUGGCCACGGUGUCAAGACGGGCCUCUGUGUGAAAGUCGGGACCAACAUGAGCGGGACGUGCGAAAUAUUGGCUUGGUGUCCAGUGGAGAACAAAAGCAGACCCAAGACACCGCUUCUGGCAAAUGCCGAACACUUCACCGUUUACAUCAAGAACUCUAUCUGCUUCCCCAAGUUUAAAUUCUCCAAAACCAACGUCCUUGACACCAAAGAUGAUGCCUAUCUGAAGAGAUGCCGCUACGGGUCCGACGACCCGUACUGCCCCAUAUUCUCGCUGGGGGACCUGGUACGGUGGGCUGGGAGUGACUUUCAGGAAAUGGCAUCAGAGGGUGGUGUGAUAGGAAUUCAGAUUGAGUGGAACUGUGACCUUGAUAAAGCUCCCUCUGAAUGCAACCCUCACUAUUCUUUUAGCCGGCUGGAUAACAAGCUUGCGGAGAAAUCCAUCUCAUCCGGGUACAACUUCAGAUUUGCCAAGUAUUACCGGGACGCAGCCGGCGUGGAUUUACGCACCCUGAUCAAAGCCUACGGGAUCCGCUUCGAUGUGAUGGUGAACGGCAAGGCGGGGAAAUUCAACAUCAUCCCAACGGUCAUCAACGUGGGAUCGGGCCUUGCUCUGAUGGGUGCGGGUGCUUUCUUCUGUGACUUGGUGCUGCUGUAUCUCCUCCAGAAGAGCAAUUUUUACCGAGGCAAAAAAUACGAAGAAGUGAGGAAACCUUUACCGGAAAGUACCAUCAACGGGAAUCAGAGUAGCGACUCUCUGUCCAGGCUGGACCAGCUGAGACAACUGCAAACCAUCGAGACCUAACCCUGAGGAUGUUGAUUGGAAACCACGCUCCACGAGGAAUAAGCCAUCUGAGCCACCACGGCCCUCAUGGGAAGAUGGUCAAUCCCAGGAGAGAAGUGGUUCGUUUCAGCCCUUUCAGCCCCUCAAGGCCUUAUUUUCCAGGAGACAUUCUGCCAUACCCUGAGCCGAGGAAAUCCACAUCGCUCAAUACAGGAUUUCACUUUAAAAAACAAAUAAAAAUCGAACCACACGCCCAAACAAUGCACAUACUUGUCUCUGCGUGAUGGAGAUACAGAAGCAAGACUAUCCAUGUAAGCAACAGGGUAGCCAUCUUGAAUGUGCCAUGGUCCAUCCAUUUUGUCCUGAGAAACUCACAACAGACCAAAGGGUUAUUUAUUAUUUGUGGGCUCAGCUGGCCUUUGUCCUCAAUGGACAGGAUGAUGAGGACACUUCCUUCGGCCCAACUGACAAAACGUCUGUAAAUAUUUCUGGAAGAACUCGGUGGGUUAAUUAAGAUUUCAUCCAGAUGCUUUCAUCCUUCUAAUUCAUCUUGCAUUCCAUCCUGCAAACCCAUUCACCUGUUUUCAACCAGACUGCCCCAAACGAACUCCUGUAGUCAAUUAUUUUCCACUUCAGAGGGAGGGCUGAUCUCAGAUUCCAUCCACAGGUCUUUCGGUUUAGGACACUUUAUGGGCUCAUAAACAUUUCACAACUUCCCCGUAGGGACGGCAACUCCAUGGAAUGAAAGAAGAGACGUACACAACGACGUCAGGCUCAAUCCUGACUGUUGCACCUUUAGGAAUCAUAAAGCCAGGGUGUGGUUGGCAAUAGAUUAGUUACUCUACUAUUGGUGCAAGUGUGAUGGAUCUGUUCUCACUGCUGAGUGUUAAAACCACGAGCCGUACAGAUUAGUCCCGUGUAAUGUGAUAAACCAGUAGGUGCAGCUGAGAUUUCCAAAGACGGAGCAAAUACGCCGUGAUGCUAAGAACAGAGUCACACAAACAUACCCGUCGAUCUGGCUGAACAUGCUCUAGGCCAU